AUGGUGGCCCUGUUGAAGGAGGCUAUCCUGAAGGGCGACUCGAAGAGAUUUCUACUGGACGGAUUUCCCCGCAGCAAAGACAACCUGGAGGCUUGGUUUGAUGCCUUCUCCGACGAAGAGAUCCAGGUUUCCUUCACGCUGUUCCUACACUGCCCAAAGGAGGAGUUGAAGAAACGCCUCUUGGAGAGAGGGGAGACCUCCGGCCGGGCUGACGACAACGUAGAGACCGUGCUAAAGCGCUUUGAUACCUUCGAGAAGGAGUCCCUGCCCGUGUUUGAAGAGCUCGAGCGAUUGGGUAUGGUGCGGAAGGUGUCUACUGUACCUGCUCAGGAGCUAGUGGCGCACCGCGUAAGUCGAUACUUCAAGGGAUGCCGGCUGGUCGACCCCGUUGAGAGGACGCUCGCACUCAUCAAGCCUGACGCAACGGGAAAUACGGGCGAGAUCCUCAAUAGGGUUGAACAGGAGGGUUUCGUCGUUGUCGGGAAAAUUGAAGGCCGAAUGUGGUCCCAGCAGGACGCCGCGACCUUCUACUCGGAGCACCGUGGAAAGGCCUUCUUCGACACCCUGGUGGACUUCAUGAGCAGCGGGCCAAUCGUACAGCUCUGUCUGGAGAAGGUGGGCGCGAUCAAGGCCUGGAAAGAGCUGGCGGGUCCAACCAACUCAACCGACGCCAAAACCUUGGAGCCGUCGAGCAUCAGAGCACUGUACGGUACGUGCGGCACCAAGAACGCCGUCCACGGAAGUGACAGCUUCGCGUCCGCUCUACGAGAAAUCAACUUCUGCUUCGACCAAGCGGGGAAGGCCGCUGCUGUGGUCGCGCCGGCGGAAGAAACUGCCCCGGCAGGAGGAGCGGAGCAAAAGAGCAACGGAAGGGACGGUAGUGUUGACGGCGAUGACAUUUUGAACGUGCUGGCGUAUCGGGGAUUCGCAGUGCUCAAGACAGCCACUAGGGUGAUGGAGGAUUCGGAGGCCCGCAGCUUCUACCAGGAGUACUCUUCGGAGACGUGGUUCAAGGACGCGUGUACCUCGAUGGCUGGGCGUGGAGAAACGACCGCAAUUUGCGUAUCCAGAGUCAAAGGGGUGGCAUCUUUGCAGGCCCUGGCCGGGCCGGCUGAUCCCAAAGAAGCAAAGGAACGCGCGCCGCGGAGUCUGAGGGCAAUCUACGGGGAAGACACGGUCAACAACGCCGUGCACGCAAGCGCUUCUGUGAAAAGCGCCACAAGGGAACUGAAUUUCUGGUUCCCAGAGAGUUUCCGGGAAGUUUUGUCCGGCGGGAGUCCUGCACCGACCUCUACUGUUGCCCGGGGAGACCCGAAGUACGACGAGAUGAUGACCUACAUGCAGGAAGAGGUGGAUCCAGUGAUAUCACCGCUGCUACAACGUGUUCUUAAGGCCCGCCCUCAUGAUGUCGCCAGCUUCGCAGCCCAAGCUCUGCAUCAACUUGCGCUGACAGGGCCAUCAACUGGAACACCUGACGCACCUUGAACUCUGGAAACAAAAAAAAAUGAAGGGAAGGAAGAUAGGGAGGAAUCCAAAUGGUUGAAUGAUGUCAAUUAAUGAAAGAGAAAUAACCUGGAGAGAAACUCUCGAUUCAGGUUUGGGCAACGCCCCAGACAUGCAAUGAUAUUGUAGUCCGAGAAAGCCGCAAUACCGAAAAUCAGUGGAAGGCCUUCAUCACCAGGAAUGAUAUCCCCCGCUUCUGCCGAGAAACACAAACCUUGCGUCCUUUGUCAGCUCGUGGUUCGACUGAGUAGUAUGUAGAGAGUGAAGCAAAGAGCCCGGCAACGUGUCGCAAUUAACUGAGGGGUGGGGCGCAGAACUUCUGAGCCACAACUAGCUGAGAUGGGUGUCCUCUGCUCAGUGAAGAGUCAAAGGGGUUUGGCCUGCAAAUCGACCAGAUCGUUGUUGACCUGCACAACAGUACUUCCACACAUAAAAUGUUGGUGUCCGUUGAUCGGUUGUUGUUCCGGUUUCCGCCGAGCAGGCGAGAGAGACGCGGGGGGCAAAGAGACAUGGGAGUACUCUUCUUUGCAGAGUUCCAGAUAUCUCCUGAAAAUGGUGCAGCGCUGUGAGACCCCGAGAGAAGUAUUGUAGCAAGUCGGUUGUCAAAGACACCAACAUGCUAACAAGCAUAUAGUCUAUUUAUUGCCUGUCCGUUGGCGUCAAGCUGCACCCAGGUGUGGAUACUGGUAUUUCUCGAUAACAAAAAUUUCCCGCUGACCAAAUUACAAAUAAAGCUCGAAAUUCUUCACUUCCGGUUGAACACGUCAAACUACGUACAUAAUUCCCCGCUGACUAUGUAGACUAUGUAGUCUGGCGCCAGAGCAUGUGGGAUGAACCCGCACACACACGAAAAUACGUUGAACCAAAACACGCCUUGUUGAUUUGGACCACCAGCCUCGCGGGUCCACCACAACACACUUUAGUAGGCCACCUUACAGCCUCGCGGGUCCACAUUUACACAAGCACGACGUGGCCGCACUACUGAGGAGAUUGUCUGCGGUGCAGCCUGCUGAUCGAGACCUGUCUGGGCAUGAUGAGUGGAGAGAUCGGAGCACGAGUUCCUUCCAUUAACUCGGUGGCGAGAGCGUCGUACAAAGCUCUAGCGGACAGCAGCAGAAGCAACAGCAGCAUCAGCAGCAACAGCAGCAGCGGUGCCAGCACUGAUGAUGCUACCCGCGACGCUUUGCGUGAGGCGAACCGCCUCCACUGCAAGGAAACGCGUCAGCGAAAGAGAAAGCAGGAGCAACUUCUGCGCGAGGAAGUGAGUAUCCUGGAGCUGUGCAAGUCCAUCGUGGAACACGGACCGGACCUGUUCUCUGUCCACGGCUUUCACACGACCGCACCGUUCAGGUUCCUGUGCGAGGACUUUUGCGACAGGCUGCAGAUGGAACCGGCGGAGUUCCUCGGAAGGCCGUUGGCAAGUAUUGUGGACCCACAAGAUGCAGACAUUCUGGAGAACGCUGUGGCUCGAGUACUGAACCCGGCCUGUGACAGCACUGGCACUGGCACCACCAGCACCUGGACCGACUCUCCUGACAGAGCGAAAGGGUGUCUCAUCGACGUACGCGUGACGAGACACGGGCUGUCGUGCCCGGCGGAAAUGUCCAUCUCGAUGGGAAGCCACGGUCUUGUCGUCGUCACUCGGCUGUAUCGGUCAUGAGUUCCUGAUGAUGCCAUCCUCGGGUGGUAGGCAGGUGUUCAGAGCAAUGAAUUUACUGAAGGAAGCGAGGGGGACCAGGCACCAGGUGGUAGAUAUUUUAAUAAUCCGCAAGAACUGCGGUGACUCCGUAAAGCGGCGUCAGCGACACUGUUAAAAUUUGGAACAAAUCUAUCUAUGGUAUUGGUACGCGGUAUUUGAGUGAAUCUCGGGCGUGUUGGCUCUUUAUGCUUUUUCUAGACGAGUGUACUGCUUUCGAUCGUGGCAAAAUGUGUUGCGCUCCUGCCCGAGGUGUGUUUUCGUGAGUGAUUCAUUCUAUUGUGUCGUCCCCAUCCCUCUUGGCAACAACGUUGAUUGUGCACCGCAUAGACGAAAGACGUUAUGGGUAUGAAACGACGAAGUACAACUAUACACUGUAAUGGUAAGUCAACUAUUCACUGUAAUUCUCAGGAUAUUUUGCGAUGCUUUGUUUGGUGAUUUUCUCAUGCACUCGUGAGCAUGCACGAAACCGCUUGAGACCUAGCACCGACAAAAAGGCCGCUCACUCUAUCUUGUUUCCAGUUGGUCGCAGGGGUAUCGGGUUGGUGGCGAUCGUUGUCGAAGGUAGUAUGGCAGGGGGCCAGUUAGUCGCAGGUGCAAUCAAAGGUUCCCUUCUUGGAAACAAGUGUUGAGCUGGCACUCUAGUUUUCUAUCGGGUCGGAUCUCUUGUCCUUCGAGGUGUGAUCGUCUCGUGGACGAGAUAGGUUGGACUCAUGUGGAAACCUUCUCGACGGAUGAACAUGAAACGAAACAAAGAAUCGGCAGCGUUGAGGCGGGUAGACCCUUCGUUUGCUGGGACUUGCAUCGCGGAAAAAGUCGUGUGUUGUUUGGAGUGAAUUGAAAUGAGUAGAGGCAGAGUGAAGUGCGUGCCACACUGCACAGCAGAUUUCAUUACACUACAUUAUUUUGUUUUUGUCUCCCAU